CCUCAUUUUUCUGAUUUCUCUUCUACUUCUCUUUCUUUUUCUUCUUCAUCUCCUCCGUUUCUGGGUAUUCUUUCAUUUUCUUUCUUAUUUCCUUUUGUUUUUUCUCUAUUCCUUUUACUCUUUUUCCUUUCUUCUUACUCUUCCUCUCUCUUUCCUCUCUUUUUUCUCUACACUUCUUAAUAUUCCUUUGAUUUUCUUACUCUUCUUACUCUUCCCCUCUCUGUCACGUUUUCUUUUCCUUUGAUUUUUCUAUUUUUUACAAUCUUUUUUAUUCCACCAUUUUUUUGGUUCCACAAUAUGUUACAAAUUUUUUUUAAAGUUUUAUAAUGUUUUUGAUAUUGGGGCUUAAAAGAGGAAAAUUUUGGAUAAGGAUGACUGAUUUUUUUUCUCCUUCUCCUCUUUCUUCUUCAGCACCGAGCAAAAAGAACCCAGCCAAGCCGACAACCCCACUUGGAAAACUGAAAUCCCGGAUCUGCUCUGCUCUAUUCUGCUCCUCACCGUCGGCUGCUCUUGUUUGUGGGUGCGAAAUUCUUCAAAUUUCUGGUAAGAACAGCCAUGAUUCUCCUCCUUUUAGCCUUAAAUUAACUUGGGUUACUCCAAUUUGUGCUUGUGGUUCUCCAAUUUUGGGUAGAUUCCGAAUUUCUCCCCAAAUUGCCGCCGGCCUUCCCCUAGCUUGUAGCUCUGGUUUUGCUGGGAAAAUUCUGGUUCUUGAUCCUUGGGGCACUUUAGUAUGUGGGUUGAGUCUUCGGUUUUAUGCGAUUUGAGGUAAGUAAAAUUAUGGUAAUUCCCUUCGAUUUUAAAAGUGUAUUUUAACUUGUUUUUCAAGUGGUGGCGGGACUAAAUCUGUUUUCUACAAAAAUGAGCAUGAUUGAUUUGAAAUAAGAUUAUUAUUCUUUUUAUUGAUUUGAGCAUGUCUACUUGGAAUUUACUUAACUGCCCUGAUGAACUGAGAAUUUUGUAGACUCUGAUUUUUCUGCUAAAUCCAUGCCCACAUGGAAAUUUUCCCGGUUUAUUCUUGAAAUUGAGAGUGAGAAUCAUGGAUUUUUCUAUAAAUCUUGCUUGGUUUUGUCUCCGAUAUGGUCAUGUUAUUCAUGUGCCCGCUAGUGGGAGGUUUAUAAACGCUAGCACAUGUCGACAUGUUAUUGAUAGAACUCGUUCGUUUCUGUUAUCCUACUAGUGGGAUUAUACACUAGUAAAUCAUGUGCCUGCCAGUGGGAGGUUUAUAACACUGGCCAUGACCUAUAGAGGAGACGUCUAUUUCGUUCCCGUACUAUAUCCGUUUUUCGUGAUUACACUUGUUGGCAUGCUAUAAGUUUAAUUAAGGGCUAUUCAUAUUUACUUACUGAGUUAUCUCAUAGUUUUUCCUUGUCCACCAUUUCAAGAAGCGAAGUCAAGGACGAGAAAAAAAACCAAGGGGAGUGACAAGUUAAAAGGCUGGCCAUCUUGUAAAUUGAACAUAGAUUUUAGAUGCAGUUCAUGAUCUUGUAAGCUAGCCUUUAUUUGGAGAUUUUAUGAUAUCAGAGCAAAUUUUAAAAUAUUAUAUUCAAAUUUUGUGGUAUCAGAUUGUGAAUUGGAUAAGUUCCGAGUCUUGUGCAUUUGUGGGAUCCUCUCACGAGUGCACGGCGUUUGUUACGCCUCAGAUUUGGGUUUUGGGGCGUGACAAGGUGGAACCUUUCUUUGUCUCUUUUCUAUUGUUGUAAUUCCUCUUUUUUUGUUUAUAGAGUUACUUGUUUGUUUGGGGGAUGGACAUGGGUGUUGGCAU